GUUUGGUACCUGGGAAAUGAUAUGUUAACAAUGUUGUAUUCUCGAACAACUCCAUCCAAUCGCCAUUUCCAUCGUCUGUUUCAAUCGAAAAAAAAACUAUAUUGYUUGUAUUUUCUCGAUCKCACUACUAGCCAGAAACACGUCCAUGAUGCAAAUUGUACCGAAUUAAAUGCAUCUUUUGCAGURAACCACGCCGCAGCGAUCAWACCCCGUAUACGAUUUCCUUCCUCUUCUCCUCGUAUUCCUGUUCCGAAAUCUCGCCCCUAAGGUUCUCGAGCUCCUCCAGGCGCCCGGCGAGGGUCGUCGGCCCUCCGGAGGACGCGKGUGCCGACGCGGCCACCGUAGGAAACAUCUUGUCGAGGUCGGGAAAGGCCGAAUCCGCGCUCGGCGUGGACGCCGCCGCCGCUCCCGAAGCGUCCCAGCCCCCGAGUUCGACGUCCGAAAGGGGUUGUUGCGGGGGAGCCUGUUUUCUCGUGACGAGGACAAAGUGGUCGUUUGCCGUGUCCCCCCUUCGAACCAGCGCCAAAAACAUCGUUGCCCUCAGGCUCUGGUGGUUGCCGGGGUGAUUGAAAAAACAACCGAGCUCCGGGUGCCGAUUGGAGAUGCGUUCGCAGACGCCCUCGGCCUCGGCAAAGGCCUUCUCCCGCUUCUUGGCCACGAAGMACGAGGUGGCCCCAAUGGUAGCAACAAACACGAUUGGAACCAAAACCUUUAGGUAUUCGGGCCCAAAACGAAAGCCGUCGUCGUAGUAGUGGUCGUCGUCGUACUUGCCGGCGGGAGGAAACAAAACAGAGAGCGCGCUCACGGCGAAAAAUCCAAGAAAAGAGAUCGCAAAGCAACAGCGAUGCAACUUGUGGAUCCUGUUUAGCGGGGAGAGGGCAUCAUCGAUCUCGUCACAGAAACGCAUCCACUCUACCUCGGUGACCGUGCCUCCCGCCAGCAUUCUGGGCAUCGUUCGAUCGGUGCCGUAGAUUCCAUCAACCAAAACGGAUACCCGGACCUCUUCCUGCUGCGGGGGUUGCGAAGACAUGUUAUAGUACUAUGUUAGGUUUUGAUCCCUUUUUGAGUCCGACGAUGGMUGCAACAGAGGGUGGGUUGGACGCGUGGAUCGAAGAUUGRUGUUACUUUCAAAUUG